GGCAUGGUCACUUGUCUAAACGAUGGUGUAAACAGUUUUUAUAAAUACCAUUGUCUGUGGGCAACUGGGUGUGCCAAGGAUCACCCAAGGCCAUCAUCAAAACAAGUAUUAAGUAGUUUCAUUAAUUUGAUAAGUUCAAUUGGUGAAGAGUAGUGGUAUAUUUUGUACUCGACUCAGGCAGUCCAAUUUUCAACUACUCUCCAAUUUAGAACAAUUGACCGAGGAGAUUUUGACCACUCUACAAUAAUUGGAGGAGUAAAAAAAAACCAAAAUGGCAGUCAAAAUUCAACCAUUUUUCAACAUUCAACAUGACUGGAAUGAUGUGUUAAGUAGUUCAUCUGAUAAAGUAUGGAUAUCAUGUUCAAAGAAAGGAUGGCCUUCAGUUUAUGGUGAGGUAAUCACUAAAGGCAAUGGGAAAGAAAAAGACUUAGUGGUGACAAAUGGCUUUGAAAUCAAAAAUUUUGACAAGACAAGUAUUACAGUUUCCUAUCCAAAAUGGAACUGUUCAACCAAAUUUGUGGCUUCGUCGAACACCUUCAAAAACAUUCACUUAAAAAGCGUUCGUGGUUUGGACAUAUCUCCUGGAGGAUCGCUUGGUGUCUCAUCCGGUGAUGAUAAAAGCCUGAAUUUAUGGCAAAGCUCUGAUGGAACAGUCAGGCGUGUACUAGAAGGUCAUGUGACAGAUGUUACUUCAUGCCAAUUCUUUCCAUCUGGUGUGGUGGUACUGACCGGUGGCUCAGAUAUGCAGCUCAAGAUAUGGUCAGCAGAAGAUGGCAGCUGCCCUGUAACAUUGAAGGGCCACAGAGGGGGUAUUUCAGACACAGCCAUCAUUGAAAAAGGAAGAAACGUUGUCUCCUGUUCACGUGAUGGUUCAGCCCGCCUGUGGGAUUGUGGCACAGCCACUUGUCUGGGAGUCAUAACUGAAUGUUCAUCUGCGAUAAACGCAUGCGCUGCAGCAACCGUUAAUGACAGUAUCGGUGAUUUAGGCGUUAGAGAUGAACCGACCAAUGAAAAAGAAGUAGGAAGUGACGGAAAAUUGUUACUUCUAGCGAGAGAGGAUAAAAUAUUACAAGGUGUCGGCCUUCACUCUCGACAAAAGCUUUUCGAGUUGUCGGGCUCGAGCGCGUUCAACGCUUGCUGCUUCAUGUCGGAGAGAAUGGCCGUUGCCGGUACACAAGAUGGUUGUCUGCACAAGUACGACUUACGCUAUACAAGUAAACCUUUAAGCAUCGUCAAAAUGUCCGGUUCGUCUAUCCUGUCCAUGACAAAAUUCAAUGAAACGUGUUUGGUGAGCACAGGUGAUGGCUCUUGUUUUCUAUGGACUGACGAGGACGCAGCAGAUGUUUGUUUGACGGGACCGGACUGUGACUCCGUGUACAAAGUUCGAGCAAACGGUAGAUAUAUAUAUACCGCAUGUCGAGAUGCCAAGAUUAGAAAAUAUAUUUUGUGAUAUGAAUUGACACUCGUUUGUAGUUAGGAUCUAGAAAAUUGCGAGAAAGCUAUUGCGUCAUUAACCAGACGAUGCAGUCUCUCUGUCAACAUAGACACUGUUUACAUCGAUUUGACAAGUCGAUUUUAUUAACAAAUGCUUCAUGCUUUUUCGCCCAGGUUUCGAUAAUUACUAUCCGGCCAUUUUUGAGGUGGAAAAUUUACAAAUUCAAAACGAUCUAUUCUUUCAUGGUCCCUGUGAGUUCAAUUAAUAUCGUGAAAUUGAAAAGAGUGAAAGGGAAGAUUUAUGCAUGGCAUAUGGAAAAUACAUAUAUUACUGUUCCGAAA